AGCUGUGGAAAAAUUACAUCAUGAAAUUGAUUUAUUUUAACGGCGAAGUUCGUGCUGAAUUGAUUCGGUUGGUCCUAGUCCAAGGUGGCAUUGAAUUUGAGGAUUUCCGCUUCGAGUUUAAAGAUUGGCCUAAAAUUAAAGCUGAAGGUGGUUUUCCUUUCACCCAAGUACCCGUGUUAGAAGUCAACGGACAGAAAAUAUGUCAAAGUCGAGCAAUUGCUCGCUACGCUGCACGUCUAGCAGGAUUGGCAGGUAAAAACUUGGAAGAAGAAGCCUUAGCUGACAUGUAUGUUAGUGCUAUAGAUGAUGAUGUUUUGGAAAAUUUCUGGAAGUGUGCUUACUUUGAGCAAGAUCCUGAAAAAAAGGCUGAACUUCAAAAAAAGUUUAAGGAAGAAACCGUUCCUAAAUUCUUGCGAAAUCUUGAUAGAUUGUAUGAAAGUAGCGGUGGAGAUUACUUACUUGGAAACUCGUUAACCUAUGCUGACUUGGCGUACUAUCGCAUGAUAAAGACUGUUUCUGGUUUGGUUGGCGAUGUCAGCAGCGACAGACUAAAAUCUCUGUACCAAAGGGUUGCAGCUCUUCCCAAAAUAGCUCACUGGGAAGAAACUAAGCCCAAGCCUGCAUUCUAACGUGCAGAAAUGUAUACUAUCUACUACCCUGUUGAAAAUUGGCUCCUAAUAAGUGCAGACUAGUAAUUAUUGCAAUCACUACAUUAGAUUGUAGCACGCUCAUUGUAUUAUUUUCCAUAGCACGAUAGUGUAGCAAAACCGAUGUUGAAACUCUAAUUACCAAUUUAGUAGAUAAACAUUUAAUUAAUAUUCACUGGUUAUGCCGUAUACUACUACGUGUAUGUAAAUCAAUCUCCGCGAUUACCUGGUGAUUCAGAUUAAUCUUUACUAACUGCAACGAUGAAGAGAAUAAUGGACUUGAAAUAAAAAAUGUGCAAAUUAGCAUGUAUUUACC